AUGGCGGCGCCGCCGGCGGGCCUUGUCGAUGUGUUCCGGACGGGAUGGGACUCAUGGGAGGAACCGCAGCAGCAGGAGGAAAAGCAGGGCGCCGCCUGCAAGAGGAGGAAGGCCGCCGCCGACGUCACCAUGGACCUCGCCAUCCUCGACUGCCCCGUCUGCUGCCACCCCCUGCGCUCUCCCAUCUUCCAGUGCACUGUGGGGCAUACCAUAUGUUCAUCUUGCCAUGACAAGCUUCCCGAGAAGUGCCACUUCUGCUCCCUUCCCACAGUCUACAGUCGCUGCCACAUGGUAGAAAAUGUAGUUGAAUCCAUCAAAGUUGCUUGCUCCAAUGUCAAUCAUGGAUGCACCGCAAGGAUGACCUACUACCUGAAAGAAGAACACGAGAAAGGUUGCCCACAUGCACCAUGUUUCUGCCCUGAAACUGGCUGCGGCUUCAGCGGAUCAACCGCGAGGCUCCUGGAGCAUUUUUUAGGCAAGCACAAGUGGCACUCACCAAAAGUUACAUACAACAAGGCGUUCCAGAUCCGCGUCCAUCUGGGAUCAACCGUUCUGGUGGGCGAGGAUGGCCACCUCUUCCUGGUCAACAUGACACUGGAGCCUCUCGGUGGUGUCAUCUCAGUUUGCUGCGUCCAGCCUCACUUUACUGGAUCCAAAUUCAAGUGCAGGCUGGCAUUGUCGUGCACUGAACCAAGCUACUGUCAGGCUAUGGAAUUCUUAACGAGGAGCACUAAUCUGUAUGAUGGGUUUCCCAAAGAUUGCUUCCCGUUCCUUGUGCCGAAGAUGUUGCUUCGGGGCACCGGUGCAAGCACCACAGCCAUGGUGGGGGUGACCGUGACACCACAAUAG